AUGGAGACUCCACUGCGUUCAGUUCGGAAGAAGGCGUUCUCCAUUCUCGACAGCACAUCCUUCCCUGAUGCCGCCACAAACACCAAGAGCCAACUUCAUCACAUCAACAUCACCCCAAUUAACUUUGACCGAACGAGCAAUCCGCAUCGAAUGCACACCUUUCAUGAAGCCUCACCGGAAAGGAUCGAGACGUUAAUAAACAAUAACAACACCGAUGAAGUCUCAGGAACACUUACCUCAUCGGGCAUUGACAGUCUGGCGGAUCGUGUUGCAUCACUGCUUGGAAAGCCUGCCAAUUUUGAUCCGUUUGAAACGCCAAAUGCAAAGCAGACAGAUAGUGAUGAUUCAAAGACAAUUCAAAAAAGCGUUCCAUCACAAGAUGAAGACUCUAGUCUUCAACUACUGAGCAAAUCCAUCAUGAACGCUACGCACUUCAAUACGUCAACCAACUUUGUAGUUCCCGCUCUUGCGACGCACGACAUUCGUUCUUCACUGCAAACCAUUCCUUUUGACCAAAAUAAUAAUAACGAAAAUAAUAGCAGUUCCAGUUCAGACAUAUCCAACAAUCCGAUCUCGUUCUCUUCUAGUUCAAUUCGCGAUUACCAUUCUGACAGAGAAGAGAGUAAACAAACCAGUGAAGAGGUGCCAUACCAACGACCGCCACUCACUCUACCCCCUAGACUCUCAACUAUUAUUGAGGCGAGCAAAAGCACUGAUUCAAUAUCGAGAAACUCAGGAUCAAUCAUGCUGGAAGCUGAUCGACUUCUGGAAACCAUCAAUAGACUGCUUUCCAACAAGUCGCGCUCGCAAAAUCAAAGCACCAUUGAUUCACUGAGAAAAGCAGCUUCGGUGCAAUCAGCCCAUUCAUUGUCCAUUCCCGAGCAGCCAAGUGAAAAGGGGGACAGUACGCGAAAAUCUAGUCAGGCAAGUCCAAAUGUCAAUACUGAACCGGAUGCUAUUUGUAUAGAAGCCUCUGAUGCGGAAACGGAGUACCUAGAGCCACCGGUAGAGCCACCAAAUGCACGGCCUAUGCUCAGCCAGACGUAUAAUUCGCAUAUUUAUACAAGUAAUAAACGGAAAGGAAAAACAGCAACAACAGCAUCAGCAACGGCGGCAGCAUCGGAGCGACAACCUCGACUGGCGCCGAAUAAGAGGACAACAGAGCAAACGACGCCUCCGGACAGUGUGGCUACAACCGCCAACACGCGUCCAUUCAUCAAGCCUCCACCUCCAGCAGUGCAUCGCACUACAGUGUCCUCUUCCUCCUCCUCCUCCUCCUCUUCUUACCAGCCGAAACGGACUAUUCUCGAAGAGAAAGACAACUGCCUCAGUCAAAUUCAAAAGGGCACCGACGACCUGCGACGUCUGCAUCUCGAGCUGAUGCAGUUCGAGAGCGAUUACGUCAAGCAACAUGAAAGGCGUCGAGCGAAAAAGAAGGCAGCGACGCUUGCCGCUUCAAAGAAAGCUGCUGCAGGAGCUGUCCGAGGCUCUUCGGCGACGGGCACUGAAUCAGCGACGACGGAGACCAUCAGCCACAGCCACAGCAAUGGCAACGGUGGCAGCAGUAGAAGCAGCAGCACUAGCCAUAAUCCCAAUGCUAAAUCGGGAAAAGACCAAAAGUCAUUGCGUGAGCAAAAGUUGAAAGGCACAGCAAGCGGUCGUCAUAUCGAGGGGAACAAGAAUGCCAGCACUGCAGCUGCUGCCACUUCACAUGCCCACUCCAGACCAGGCCUGCAGGCCAGUGUCGCCCGANCGUGA